GCACCCUGGUCCUGAUCAUCUGAAGUCGAUCGGUUGCUGUCUUUGUUAUCGCUCCACAAAUUUCUAACCCAGCAUGCGUCCCCUGAAGUCAAACCAAGAAAUCUGGGAACCACUUCCGUAUUCCUUUUUUCUCGACCGAAGCUUGUUUCCCUCAAUGAACUUGGCAAUUAACUCCAUCCGCUCGUUCUAUUCAAAAACCGAUAGCGAUGAUUCCACAAAGACAGAGGAAGCUAUCGAUAGGUGGUCGCAAACUGAUCCUCUUGCUGUUGGCGGUCCUGAUCUACGUCGUUCUUUAUCAUCUCCCACCUCCGCCAAAGACCAAGAACAAUACCAGUUCGAAUAGAAAAGCCCCAAAAUAUGAUGUGGACACUACUCCGCGAUUCCUGCAUCUCUCGUCCUUUCGUGAGGCCCCUGAUUCAGAAUAUGAGAAAAAGGUUUCGGAUGCACUGCUAGAAAUAGAAAGAAAAGCCCUACGCGAGAGCAAUUGGGAUAUCUCCACCGAAGAUCGAAUCUGGCAAGUUGCGCUCGGUAAAUACAUCGAGCGAGAAUCGGAUUCAUUAAAUUUUGAGCAAGAAAAUAAUGGAUGGAAGUAUUCACUCGUGGAUGACAAAAAAGCAUCCAAAGUCAUUACUGAGAUCUUCUCAAGCGUGCCAGAUCUCAGGAAGUUGUAUGAUUCUUACCCGUACCAUGUGAUACGUUCGGACCUGAUCCGAUAUCUUAUUCUGUGGUACUACGGUGGCUUCUACGCAGACAUGGAUGUUUACCCGGCCCGCACUAUCAAAGAAUGUCCGGCAUUAGAGCCACUCUGGGAAGAUGGUUCCAAAAGCCUGAAUGUCUCCCUUGUUGUAGGCAUUGAAAUCGACGAGCCACAUGCCUCCCCGCGCCUCAUGCGUGAGUGGCGCUGGAUUAGACGCUACCAGCUGAUCCAGUACACUAUGUAUGCGCCACGACGCUUUAGUCCAAUACUCCGAGAGGUGAUUGUUCGAGUCAUGGCUCACACAAGACGACACAUUAACCAGAGCAACUUCCUGCGUGGGCCACGCUACAAGGAGAACACGAUUCUGGAGGUCACAGGACCUGGAGUAUUUACCGAUGCAGUUCUAGAUGUGCUAUCUCAGACUCUGCCGCCGACUCACAGCUUGGUAGAAUCGUCAGUGAACGCGGAUGCUGACAUUGGGGAUCUCGUUUCGCCGUCUACCGGAGUGACCCAAAGGCGGGUGACGUGGGCCCCAUUCAACAGAAUCAAAGAGCCGGUCUGUGUGGACGCAUCGGAGGCCAUGGAUGGAAAGUCUAUGGGAGGCGUCUGCGUCUUACCUGUGAAUGUAUGGGGAAAUGGACAAAGACACAGUGGUGCCGAGGGGUUCAGCAGUAAACAUGCAUGUAUCAACCAUCGUUUUGGGAGAACCUGGAGAAAAGGCUGGAUGGAAUACUUCUUUGGGUAACUUAGGAGGUACUCUUGCUCUAUGGUGGGAAAAAAAUGCCAUAUUCAAUGGAACUCUUGUAUGGCCCUUGCAAGCAACAUCCAAAUCACAAAAAGGAUGAUUUGGGAUACGUGUCACAAUGACUCUCUGAAUCUCUGUCAGGUACCUCGCCCAUGAUACUCAACUACGGGGGCUGGUUCAAAGGGAACUACGUAUUUACGGCUGUUCUUUGACAAAAUCGGAGAUAGUGGAAGUAUGGAUGUGAUAUGGUCACUCCAAGGGACAGCACACUGAAGAGAACCACAGAUGAGGAGCUGAAGUUACGGGAUUAUACGAGGACAUGACAGUGACUUACGGACAUCGAUAACAUCAGCAUGCUUAUUACCCCGACUAUACUUUGUAUUUACUGUAUGAUAUUCGAGAAUUUCUGUACACAGGUGAACCGGAAUAUUUUUGUUAUUCCUUUAAAGGCUGCUUUUAAGUAGCACUAUUUAAUCCCACAAUAAUAUCAAGCCCUAAAC